CAACACUAUAAUCAAAAUGGCGCCGGAGACUUGAUUGAAGUGACGAUCAAUAUAAACAGGAAUGAUGAGUACAGCUGUAGAACCACGUCAGGACAGUUUCCAUGGUGGAACAUCUUAUGCUACACCAAGAGGACAGGAAAUCAUGCAGAAAGAAGGUUUACUACCGGAGCUGAGAAACAGUGAAAACAAGGUUGACCGCACCAAGCCACUACCAACCUCUUUACAGAGCGACUUUUUACCUGAAGAUGUUCUGUUUGCCCUUACACAGCCUCCACCUAUUAGGGACCAACUGGGCCCUCCCAACAGGGCAAGAAACCUCAACACAACCUCAAUUCAAACCCGUCCACCACCUGCAAGUGUUUGGGGUCACAAGAGACGUGAACGCUUCAAGCAUCUCACAGAAAAUACACCAUGUGUUUGUGGCGCUGGCAAUGACAUCUCGUUCCUGUAUGACGUCCCCAAGCCAGAUGUGGGACUGGAGAGGCCAGACCAGAUCGAUAAAAGUCAAGUGAGGAAGGAACAUGUGGAUAAACAGAGAAAGCCAUUAGUAUUACCGGAUACCCUCAUUCCUGAUGAAUACCACAUUGUCAAAAACCGAGGUGUGAUGGGAAUCGAGUUUCAUGAGGACAAAUACAGUAACCAGGUGGAAGAUCAUGAGAAACAUUUGGUUAUGUUUCCCUCCAUGAAACCAUCCAGUCGGUAUGAGGUACUGCAACUGAAGAAAACUCUAGGAGAGAUGUUAGAGCGAGCUGGAGUGAAUGAUGCAGAUAAGGAAAUCAAGGGUCCAACUCAGAUGCACAAUUUGAUGGAGUUAAUUAAGAAGGAACAGGACAUCUACAAUGUGGUUUUCCAUGAACUUAUCCGACAGACCAGUGUGGAGUGUGUAGAACGAGGAGAACUACUGGCAGACUUACGCCUCAAGUACAAGGAGUUACUGAACAAGGUCCCUCUACAGAUCAAAAGUUUACAUGAGGAAGUGAUGGCCCAAAGAGCAUUGGAUCGCCGACUGACUGAGGAGCUGAUGAGGUUCAAGUCUACAAUUAGUAUUCUGACCAGUGAAUUGUCUGCAGUCAAAGAGCAUGAUCGUAAAGUCACUAAGGAAGCAGCUCAGGCACAGGAGGAUCUCCGAACAGCUCUGAUGGAAGCUCAGAAAAAUGCCAGUCUUUUGGCCGAGUACCAUGACCUGUAUGAACUUCAACGUAAACGUUUGGAAGGUCAGGUAUUCAUGCUGACCGAGGAAAGAGAAUUGUGGAGUCAGGCCGCCUACAGUCUCGCUCUUAAGGUGACAGAAGAGGCCAACCUUGUCACAGCCAAGCGAUUACAUGUCAGUGAAAAGUCCUGGGCAAAACUUGCAACCCACUUCACCAUCCUCCUCAGUGAUAAAGACACUGAACUUCUGGCAAGACUUCAGGGUCAUGUGGAGAAGUGGCGUGACCUGGUAGAGGAUUUCAACAUGGUGCUGAUUGCCCGGGAGGAUGAGAUGAGGACAAACAUUAGCGGUCUACGCAGUGGGAUUGAACGCUGGAUGCAUGAUAUCAGAAAUCUUUGUUUAGCUAGAAAGAGCACAAAGGAUGGCCAUUUCAUCAAGGCCCCAGAGGAUGAUCGGCUGCAGAUGUUGCUGCAGGACAUCAGGAAAUGGGAGGAUGUGCUGGGCCGAGAGUCAGAAAAGUUUGGUGGGGACACACUUCUCAAUGGCCAGGAACAACUGAUGGUUAUCAGAAGACAGAUGGACGGUUGGACAGAUAAUGCUCUCAAAGUCUUCAACCGGCACCGAAAGGAACCUAAUGUCAACCAUCCAAGUCAAGACAGCAUGAAUAUUCUUAAUGAGGAAGUGGAAGAACUUCUGAAACAAUUCAACAACAGAAUCACUGGAGAAAAUGGUGUGGCUCCAAAUGCAAUCCACCUGUUAAACGCCUUGGAGACCUGGGACAUGAGAGUGUCUUCAGCUCUGAACGGGACCCUUCCCAUACACGAUAACGAGUGGGGAGCUCUCUGUCAGCUGAUGGAGGAGUGGCUCACCGCUGUGGACGCGGCAUCUAAGUAUGUGGGCACCACACAAAGCGAGGAGGAGCGGGAUGAGGGCAAGCCACACACGAGCAGAAAGCGAUAUUCCUUUGCUGGUAUUGAAGUCACAGAAACAAUUAAGAAGGUACAGAAAUGGACAACAACUUCCACAAACGCAAUAGACAGUGAAGAUGCGAAGCUGGUAGAACAGGUGUUGUCCCUCCAUUCUGCCAUGGUGAGAUGGAUGGUACAGAUGUUGCUGAGGCUGGCCCCAGAUAGGGAGGACAAUUCCAAAGAGGCUAGUGAGAUGGCGUUACUGGGAAGUGCUCCGCUAAGUGAUCUUCAUGCCAAAAUCAAGACACUGUUUGAACAGCUAGAAAUGUUCACAAACUAUGUUGCUCUGCGUAACACUGAAAUAUACUAUGACCAGAAAAAACAAAGUGAAGCUGAAACAGAUGAUGAUAGUGAUUGGGAAGAUGAGCUAGAUACUAAGUGUUGUAGUGGAAUUGUGAUGGAUAACACACAAGUACGGCGGGACAAUAUGGAGGAAAAUGCAGACCAUGAACUGAAGGAUCUCCAACGCUUACGGCAUGAAUGUGAAGAUUGGAUCAAGACAGCCAAGUUGUUGACCAGCCAGUUAUUGGGAGAGUCUGUUAUCUCUCUGUUCCCGCUCCCAAUCCAAACAGAUGAGAAGGUUCUCAAACCACGUACUGAGUCCAUGGCUACAGAUAUUGAUCUUUAUCAUGAUCAUGAGAAGUUAGAGAGAGACAACCAACAGGAACCGACCACUCCUUCUGAGCCAAAGAAGCCAGAGACAACACCAACUGAGGACAGCCAGAUGCCAGAACCAACAUCACCCAAAGAUGUAGAACAACAGGCACCACCAGAGGGAGCACCUGAUGAAGCCCCUCCACCAACAGAGGACGCUGUUCAACCCCAAGUGGAAGAGGAAGCAGAAAUAGAUGCCCUAGAGAGGUUGGAAGUCAUAGGUCAAGAUGACAACACUCAUGUAAAAACACUAGAUCAGACACCUCUGGAGCCUGUAGCCCCUAAGGACCCAUCCCCAGCAGUGAGGACUGUUGAUGCCCCAGACACACACAAAGCCUUCCAGGCUCUCACCGCCAUGGACUCACUACAGACUCAGCUUAUAGAUACAGAAGAGCGUGCCCAGAAGGCAGAGGAACGGGCUGCUGCUGCUGAAACUGAUCUUGCAACUGCUGAGGAGAAGCUCCGUGAAUUAGAGAAAAAAUUGAUGAAAUAUGAACAAGCAGAUGAAUUAGAAGGCAGAUCGGUCUCUGUUUCCCCGUCCAAGGCACCCGCGUCUCCUGCUGUGCCCAAGGAUCUCCCAGAAACCAAGGAAGAAAAGAAACGCCCGGAGUCUCAGGCCUCUAAGGGAAGCAGUAAAUCUAAAAAAAAGAAAGAUAAAUAAAACUCCUUGCCAUUGAUCUUCAAACAUGAAGCUUAUUUUCCUAAAUAUCAUUACAGCUGUGUCAGAAACUUAAAUGUUGACUGUGAACAAAAUUAAUGAAAGUCUUGUUUCUGUAUGAAUGUUAUAGAAAAACAAUGUACCAGACACACAGCUGUCAAAUAAAGCUUUGUUAAGGUAGCGUCUCCACUGAAGCUGUAGAACAAUUAAUGUUGGCUACUUUUUAAAAUAUUUUCCAAUAAAAUGAUAAAUAAAUUUUGUGAGAUCUGAAGCUGUGAUGUACAUUGUUACGAUGUUGUACCUAUAUUGAUAGUUCAAAGUUGGUAUAAUGUCAUGGUAUCACUGCUUUCUACACUUUCAGUGUGUCUCCUUCAAGUGAGUUGUAAGUUUGUCAAUGUCUCAUUUUCAACACCAGUAUUGUAAUAAAACAGACAAAAUAGAUAUUUUUAACUUGAUAGAGUUGAUAACAUUCCUCAGUAUUAAUUUAUAAGUAUUGUUUUGGGUGUUACUGCUGAUCUGACAUGUUAACCUGGGUUCACAUGUUGUCCUCUGCUGAAGUGAUAUAUCAUCGAUCUUGUAUAUUGUUUUAUGAAGCAGGACCUUUGUAAGAUAACUUUAUAUUAUGUCUUUGUAGAUUUGUACAUCACUGAGCUUCGCUAUACAUUUCAAAAGUAUGUUUGUAUGAGUUUUUGUGCACUGGACAUUUCUGAACUUGUCUGUGAUAUUACUGGACCAACCUACUUGUUGUGUAAGGGACUGUAGCUUAUCAACUUGGUCAAGUAGUGUGGCUUAUUAACGCUGAUAAUUUGACACAUUGGGCUUUUGUAGAAAAAUUUUCCAAUCCAUUUUGAAAUCUAAGCAAGUUUGUGGUAGCAGUUUUUAAAGUUUGCACAUAUUGACCCUGGCUUAUGAGUCAAAAGGGGUCUGAUUAAAUGAAAUUUCAAAAAUCUUCUUCUCAAUACCAAGAUGUGGUAGAAUCAAAGGAUUGAAGGGUCUUAAGCUGCUUUAUCAAAAUUUGUAACCUCUGGGUUUCACAUGUUUCUCCCUGAUGAAGGGGUAAACUUUACUAUUGUUUAUACUCUGGUGACUGUAAAGGCCCAUGGGCCUCUUGUUUCAGAACAGUUACUUUGGAAACAUAAUGAAGGAAUAAUGAUAAUAUUUUAUAAAACAUUGGAUGUCAUUUGGUUGCCAUGGUAACCAAAAGGAGACCCAUGAUUAGAUAGAUCUUGUCCAAACUACUCCUUGUAAACUCAUUAACCAAUUUCAAUAAAAUGACACCCGUCAGGAAUAUUACAGACCAUAUUAUAUAGAUUUGUAUGCAAGGAUUAUUUAUUAUUUUGUAGAAAUUUUGGUUGUCCUGGUAACCAGAUUAUUAUUCAGUAUCUUGUGUAAGGACCCAUAGCUCGUCAGAACAAGACAAGUGUAUGCAAAUGAUGGGAGCUGCAGGGGGCAUUAGUUAUAGCCAUUGGCUUACAGUUCUAGUUGAAAUGUGAAAACGGUUACUGUGAAAAUAUGGUAGAUUUAUGAUUUGCAGAGCAAAUCAGAGAGUAUCAUUAUGUAUUAAUCAUUGGUUCACCUGCUCAAAGAGCAAGUGAGCUUAUGCCAUGGCAUGGUGUCCAUCGUCUGCCAUCUGUCCAUCAACUAUUCAUAAAAAAUGCUACUAGUCAAGAACCACUGAGCAUAUUUUGACCAAAUAAGGGAAAUAUAGCAAAUUUUUUUCAGCCUAAAUGUAGAGUGUUUCCCCAUGCAUUUACUGCAAUAUCCAGAUGAUGAGUGAGACAGGUCGUAUGGGCCUGUUGUUUACUGUAAACAUGGAAAUUUAUGUUAGGGGGAAAUUUACACUAAAUAUUUUGUGAUAUAUGUGGUAUUUUGUUUGAACAGGUGCAAAAAAAAAAAAAAAAAUGUAUGACUGGAAAA